UGGAUGGAGCGAUUGGGUCGACGAGGGAGGCUGCUCGAGUCUCUGUGGUAACGGAACCAUGACCCAGAAGCGACUGCGCAAGUGCGACAAUCCAAAACGCGCGCAUGGCGGACGUGACUGUGAUGGAGAAUCAACCCAGACAAGACACGCGCCUUGUACAACUGGAAUGUGUGCAGAGAUGUGUUCCGCUGGAAGUGAACCUUACGUAGCCCACCCAGAUCCGACGAUGUUCUACCAGUGCGACCAUGGGGUCGCCUACAUCCACCACUGUCCAGCCGGAACUCGCUGGGACCAGUCCAAAUUCACGUGUGUCCACCUGAAACAAGCGGCCAGCAGGUCGACUGAAGAGUCAUCAAAGGGUUGUCCUCAAACUGGGGUCGUUGCUGUGUCGUACAACGACGACUGCAACAUGUACGUCCAGUGUACCAACGGCCAUUCAGAUGUGAUGGCGUGUCCCAAGGGAACCAGGUUCGAUGCUAAAAUCGGGGGCUGUAACCACGCCAGUCUCGUCGAAUGCAACUAACAGCACCCACCAAUUUAACGACCACAUCGGGCGACUGUGAUUUAAAAGUUACUAACUGUUUUCAAAAGGAUUAGUUUAGAGGGUUUUUGCUAUCUUGAACAAAUACAACUAACAGAAUUUACGAACUUAACGACCACCUCGGGUUAUUUAAAAGUUACUAACUGUUUUAAAAAAAGGUUGGUUUAGAGGGAUUCAGUCAUAGGGUUUUUCUAUCUCUAAAAAUGCAACUAACAGAAUUUACGAACAUAGCGUCCCCUCCGGGCAACUGUGAUUUAAAAGUUACUAGCUGUUAUAAAAAGGAUUGAUUUAGAGGGAAUCAGUCAUAGUUUUUUGUUAUCUUGAAAACGGCAACUAACAGAAUCUAUGAACUUAGCAACUCCGGGCGACCGUGAUUUAAGUGGUUAACUGCCGUAUAGUGAAUCGGUUUAAAGUUUAUCGGUCAUCGGCUUUUGCUAUGACCAUCAUGGCGUUUGAAGACAUUUGUUUUGUUAUUGUAGAUAUUAUAUAAAGAAUAUCGAGAAAAGGUGCUAUAAGAAAGGAAUACAGUUUAUAUACGUUAGAAAAAGAAAAAAACGAACCCAAGAAAAACAUCAAAAGAAUAUAAAUUAUAUAUGUUAGAGAAAAUAUCUUUGAAACGCAACAACAUCAAAAGAUUACAAGCUAUAUACGUUAGAAAAAUAACUCAAGAGGAACCACCACCAAAACAAUACAGACUGACAACAACAAAACCUACGUAUCUUUUAACGGGUGUUACAAAGCAUUUGCAAUUAUGUAUAUUAGUAAAAGAACACAUUUAACGAAUAACAACAGCGAAAGACAAUAUUCAAAAUAAGCAAAAUACUUUUUUAUCUUGGUUAAAGUACACUGAUGUUUUUUUGUUUUUUUUAUAAAUCACUUUAAUGAUUUUAGAGCGCGUGGAAUUAUAUCAAAGGUGCCUUACGGAUGUCUCGUUUCAAAGUUAUUUAGCAGUUUUCAAACACUAAUUAAAUAGAGUACAUCAUUUUGGCUCUAGAACUUGUGUCCGAUUCCCUUUC